GAGGCCCAGCGGUCCUCCGAAGGCCCCCACGCCCGUCGUCGCCUUUAAAUCAACACAACAAUCCUCCCAAGGCUCAGGUGGACCUUUCUUACCCUUCAUGCAAACUGCACCUACUAUCAAGAAGAAGAAGGACCUGUGUUUUCUCCGCUUAAGACGUUUGAGUGAUGAUUUUCAAGUGAAGUAGUUUGCAGAGAUGUGAGUUUAUGGAGAGACGGCCAAUGUCGCCUCUUCUUCUUGAUAGGUCUUCACAUGAACUUGAAGAACAAUUUGCUGAUAUAACAUCUGAAUGAAUAAAGAGACACUCUGUAUGUGUUAGACAAUAAAAUCUUUAUUGAUAUUGAAAAAAAUUGAAAUGCAGUACUACUGUAGUUAUAUGUUAUAGUAUCUUGAUAAGCAAACAUUUUAUAUUGCUAUGGGACUUAAUAACCUGGAGCUACUGUACACUUCAAGAAUUCUUGCAAAUAAUGAAGAAAAAUUAGCAGUUUGUCUUUCAUUUAUGUAUUUGACUCCUGAUGGAGGAAAUUCAGUAUAAUCUGUUUGACAAAUUACUUCAUUAAUACUUGAAAUAGUUUGGACCCAAAAAAAUCAUUUCCUUGUGAUGUUGGUGCAUAAUUUACUUUUGAUGAGCAGGAAUUACCAAGAAUGGAUCACCAAACUCAGUUUAACUUAUCACAUAUACUUGGCCAAGCAGUGGAUGUUGCAAAUUAUAACACCUUUCAACAUCAGCUACAUGGAUAUAGUAAUAUAAGCACUGUUGGUAACAUAGCAAGUUUUGGAGGGACCACCAUAGCACCCAUAGCACACACCGUAACAGUACAAGAUGUCGCCACACCAGCAGGACACAUUGCUGGAACCUCAGGAAUGGUUACAAUGGGUUAUACUCACCAUCCCCAGUCAGCACCAGUGCAGUCAUAUCAUGCCGUGUUUAACAACAUGACAGUUACUCACAUUGCGCCACAGAUGCCACCCCAACAGGUUCAAUAUUUUUCCUAUGAAGCCCCAAGUAUGAAUGUGCGAGCACAGUCCUUACACACCCAUCACCCACAAGCAGCACCUUCACAGCCCAUAAAUCCACAGGCUCAUAUAAAAUAUGGUAACUCUUCUAUUUCCCUUCAGGCAGUGAGCUCAUCAUUACCUCUCAAUUGUACUUUUUCUGUACCAAGAGAACAAACAGGACAGUCAAUUGUAAUAAAAUAUGCAGAAGGAAAUACUGAAGAUAGAGGUAAAAAGAAGAAAGCCAAGAAAGAGGGCAUCAGUGCUAAAUUUACUCGCAAGAGACGUAGAAAUCGGGGGGAAUCUUACAUCAAUGUUGCAGGGAAAUUUGUAGAAGCUAAGAAAUAUGUAGAGCGAGAUUGCGAGUGCAAGAAUAAAUGUCUAUCCAAACUUGGAACAGUAGAAGAUAGAGAGAAUAUAUUUAAGCAGUUUUGGAGCAUUGGUGACUUUGGACAGCAAAAUGCUUACCUCACAGAAAACGUUAUUCUUGUACCAAAUGUCAUGAAAAGACGAAAAGCUGCAUUACUGGAUGAUAAGCACUUGAAAACUGUACGAAGACUUUAUUAUGUCAGGCAGUCAAACUGUGGAAAGCAGACUCGUGUUUGUAAAACCAUGUUUUUGAAUCUUCAUGGGGUAUCCAAUGGCCGACUUGAUCGUGUUCUGCAGGCCAUCAAUUGUGAACAUCCACCAGCACUCCAGGAUCGACGUGGGCAUCACACUCCAAGUAACAAGACCUCCGAGGAAGAUGUUGCUUUCGUAAUUCAACACAUCUCUUCCACAAAACAGACCAGAGACGAGACACACUGCACCCUCUCCGGUAACCAGCAUCAAGGCAUGCCCCAGGGUCACAUUUUGACUGAGGUUGUAGGAACUGUAAGAAAAGAAUUAUCAGUUAAGAAGAUGUAUGAAUUAUACAAGAGAGUAUGUCAGGAGGAGAGGAGGACACCAGUUAGCCUCUGGGUGUAUCGUCACAUAGAAAAAUCACAAAUUAAUCUGGAAAAUAGUGAGAAGAAUUGUGAGGUUUUGGAGAAUAGAGGUAUUAUACAUUCCCAGAAUCAGAUAGUGUCAAAUAUUGAUCCUAAACCUGUAACAAAUAAUGACUUGAAUGUGUGUCAUGGCACUUCAGAAAUACAAGAACAAAGGAUGGACAUUGGAAAUGUGACAUCAAAUAUCAGUAGGAAGAAGAGAGCUGGAGGUCACAGAAAAAUAAUGUCACGUGAGGAGAGAAAGGUGAAGAGAAAUAGUGGGGCAGCAUAUUUGACUGCAUCAGGGAAACUUAAGAAAGAAAAAUUUUAUGAUGACAAGGAAUGUGGGUGUAAAUAUAAGUGCAUUCCUGAAAUGGGUACAGAGGAGAGUAGGAAAAGGAUAUUUAAUAGUUUUUGGAAGUUGGCAGACUUUACCAAGCAGAACAUGGACAUUGCACAAAAGGUAAUGCUAGUUCCUAUAAUACAGAAAGAUGAGAAGGUGAUAGAGAAGUUUACACGGACUUACACAAGGAUUUACAAUGUUCAGUUAAAGCCAGGUGGGGAGCUGGUUCGAGUCUGCAAGAUGGCUUUUCUUCAGCUUCAUGGGAUAUCAAAUGGUCGGGUGGACCGUGUGCUUCAAGCUGUGGCCUGUCAAUCCCCAUUUGCUCUUAAGGACAGACGAGGGCACCAUUCCCCUAAGAACAAGACAAGAGAAGAGGACAUAAGCUAUGCUUGCUCUCAUAUCAAAACAUUUCCCAUUGGGUACGACAGCAGUGAAACCAGAAGUGAUGGCAGGUGCACUCUGCCUCAUGAUCUCAACGUGGAGAAGAUGUACCGCAUGUACAAGGAGCAGUGUGUCACAGAUGACAGGGCUCCCAUUGGCAGCUUUGUCUACAGGAAAAUUUUGAAAGAAAGAUUCAACUGUUUCAUCAAAUCUCCAGCCAAUAAAACCCCAGAGAUAGACCUUGAGUAUGCUUUUAAGCAUAUCCAGUCAUCUGUGCUGGAAUCAACAGUUCCUCAUAAAGCUGAUGCUCCUACAACACCAGCAACCUGCAACUCACAAGAAACAAGCAUCAACAAACUACAUUUGGACUACGUGCAAAAGUGCUCGCAAGAAGGUAAAAAGCCGAUUGGCAUAGAUGUAUAUCGUAAAAUAUUCAACUCCAAGUUACAUCUCAAACAAGAUAUUUGCCAGGUAUUGAGCCAGCCUAGUUAAAUGGUAUUUGCAGCUGAUAACAAAGUUAUGUUGUUAGUAUCUGUAGCAACUCUUCUUUUUCUGCUGCAGCUGACUGCCAUAAAUUAAAUAAUAUAAAUAGCCUGCAGUCAUAUGUGAAGGGUUUUGAGUUUUAUUUAUUUAUAUUUGCAAAUAAUUGUAUAAUUAUGAAUGAUGUAACUCAUACAAUAUUGCUUGGAGGAUAUAUACCUGUUACAAUUUGAAUUUGAUUAAUUUUCUGGGGGGAGCCCCGUUGGCUCCAUGGAGCUAUAUCAGGCUGAUAUGCUAAUGUCAGACUUUGGCAUCAGUCAUGUGUAUGGAGUUCUUAAUGUCUACCGGGGACCACGGCCAGAACCUG